CGUCUCGUCACGCAGGCGGGCAUGGCGGAGGCGGAGGAGCAGGCGUGAGAUCCUGGGGCUUCAGAGUGUCUUCUUUAUCCAGGUGAGAGUUCUCGGAGCCUGGGGUAGAGCCCUCGAUUUGUAAGAGCGAACCAGCUGUGUCGGGUGCAGGCAGACAGCACUUGCAGCCAUGGCGGUGCGUGGCACUCAGGUGUUCAGCACCAGCAGCAUGAGUGGCCGCACCAUGAGCAUCAGCUUGGAUGGACCCGCGAACGCCCUUAGCGUCUGCCGAGAUGGCUCGCAGGUGGCCGUGGCGGGUCGCAAUGUCUUCAAAUUGUACGCCAUCGAGGACGGUGAGUUUGUGGAGCGUGCCAACCUGCGUGUGGGCCGCAAGCCGUCGCUCAACUACAGCUGUGCGGAUGUGGCGUGGCACCAAAUGGAUGACAACCUGCUGGCCACGGCCGCCACGAAUGGGGCCGUUCUCACCUGGAACCUGGGAAAGGCGUCACGCAACAAACAGGAGCUGCUAUUUGCGGAGCACAAGCGGACGGUGAACCGCGUGUGCUUCCACCCCAGUGAGCUGCACAUGCUGCUGAGCGGCUCCCAGGAUGGCUUCAUGAAAUGUUUCGACCUGCGGCGCAAGGAGAGCGCCAGCACGUUCAAUGGCCAGUCGGAGAGCGUACGCGACGUGCAGUUCAGCCCCAGGGACUGCUUUUCCUUUGCGGCCACAUUUGAGAAUGGAAACGUGCAGCUGUGGGAUAUUCGGCGAUCAGACCGCGUGGAGCGCAUGUUCACGGCACAUAAUGGGCCCGUGUUCACUUGCGACUGGCACCCUGACGAGAGAGGCUGGCUGGCCACGGGUGGUCGCGACAAGCUGGUGAAGGUGUGGGACGUGGCGAGUGCGCGUGCGCGCGAGCAGUACUGCGUGCAGACCAUCGCCUCCGUGGCGCGCGUCAAGUGGCGGCCAGAACGCCGCCAUCACCUGGCCACGUGCUCCAUGAUGGUGGACCACUCGGUCAGCGUGUGGGACGUGCGGCGGCCCUACAUCCCGUUUGCUGCAUUUCCAGAACACCGCGACGUCACGACAGGCAUCGCGUGGCGCAACGACCCCCACUACCUGCUCUCCGGCUCCAAGGACUGUACCCUCUUUCAGCACGCCUUCAAGGAUGCAUCCCGGCCAGCCGACAGUGCCAACCCUGAGGGGCUGUGUGUGGGCCCGCGGGGUGACCUGGCAUUUGCAGCCAAGGAGGGUCUCUGCGCUUUAGAGUCUGGCCGCAAGGCUUUUGCUGGUGACCGCCGCUACCCCUUCUUUUUCAUCCGCAAGCCACCAGCUUCCGACAGCCCAGAGCUUCCCACCGCCCAGAACACGUGUGCCAGCGUGUGCAGUGUGCUGAGUGUGUUCGAGCCCCACGGAGGGGAAGGGCUCGACCCGGUGCUAGGGCUGCAUACGGACUGGUUCGUGGAAACGGCUCAACGAUACUGCUUGGCUGGCAGGCCUCUCGGGGAGCUGUGCGACCACAACGCGCGCGUGGCAGGGAGCCUCCGCCGCUUCCAGGUGGCGCAGACGUGGACAAUGCUCAAACUGCUGUACGGAGGCGGCGACCACUCGGCUUCGCCCGCCUCCCUCGUUCCCAAACCGCCUGCGCUGCCGCCCUCCAGCAUUUUCGGCGUGAAGGAGGGGGUGCCGGUGCUGGGUGGGGAAGGACGAUCAGAGGGGCGGCUCCGAGACUCCUCCACCUCCACCUUCCCCCCACCUGAUGGCGGCACAGAUGGCGGCAAUGAUGAGACGGAGGGCAGUGAUGCAGAGACGCUGCCUGGGCUGGCAGCUGGUCUUCAGGGAGGCACCACCGACUUCUUCUUUGGGGAUGGGGAAGAAGGUGGCCUGGAGCUCCUCACACAUGACACACCCGCUGAAGAUUUCCGGGAGUUCUCACUACCGGUGGAAGCAUUCCCUCUCCGCCAUGACUUUGCCGAGGGCCCUGCGGCCGCCCCUGCACAGCUCACGGGGGACAGGAGGGACUCGGGCCUCAGUGCGGAUGAGGAGGAGAGGGGCGUGGAGGAGGGGUCUGGGCGACCCGGGGGAGCUGCAAGGCGAUUGGGGGCUUGGGGAGCAGGGAUCACACCUGCCGAAAGUGUGUCCCUCAUAUCUGUGUCGCGCCCAUUGUUCGGACAGUCCCUGCCAGUUGAAGGGUUUUCUCCCACAGUUACAUCUAUGCUGGAGCACUAUACGGAGAUGGGCGACGUGCAGAUGGCCGUGUCAGCUCUGCUGGUGCUGGGCCAGAGGGCAGGCCAGCACGUCAGUCAGACUGUGCAGGAACACUGGUACACGGCAUACCUGGAGUUACUGCACCGCUUUAAGCUGUGGUCUGUAGCCACACAGGUGAUCCGAUUGAGUACGUGUGAGGCUGUGAACAUCCUCAACCAGACGUCCACCAGCCUUCAUCUCAACUGCAGCGCCUGCAAGCGCUCACUCGAUGGCAAGGGUUGGCUCUGUGACAAGUGUCGGCAAUGUGCCAGCGUGUGUGCCGUGUGCCACCAUGUGGUGCGGGGCCUGUUUGUGUGGUGCCAAGGCUGCAGCCAUGGAGGCCACCUCAACCAUAUUAUGGACUGGCUACAAACAUCUCCUUAUUGCCCCACGGGCUGCGGUCACCUGUGUGAAUACACGUGAGGUCACCUAGCUGCAUGUAAACCAGAGGCUUAUUCUCAUAUCCUUUAAACACAACACAGCAGAACGUGCAUUUCGGAAUGACAAGAGAUCGCCGUGCAUAUGAUCCGGAAGCACAGCUGAAUUCUUGUUCCGAAGAUCAGGAGCCACACAAGAAGUCUGAAAACAAUCUGCAUUUAGGGGCAUUUGGACACACGACCCAUGUUCAUGAUAUGCAGAUUAACUGUUGGGAAAAGCAUUGUCCUGUUUUUGGGUCCUGGUUCAUGGUCUUCAAUCGCAAUGCCCAACUUUGCAUGAGCGCAUCCACACAUGUCCACACAUGAGAUUGAACGAGCAUGAUACGUGUGGAGAAUACUGGACUUUCUUUAGGUGCAUCAUUGUGGGUGGGGCCUCGUGCAAUGCAGUUGGGAAGUGCUGUUUUUAUUGUCAUGUAACAUUCAAAAGCCUGCUGGUUUUCACUCUUUGUAAUUUUGUAAUAAAUGUUAAUUUUGUU